GUUCUUCCGGCCGGGGGACGGGCUCCGCGUGGUGGCGGGAAAGAGGCCGCCGCGGCACCUCCCGGGGGACCCUCGGGCCGGGGACGGCGGCGACUCUUGGGCCGCCCGCCUGCGCCGUUAUGGACGCGGCCGAGGUGGAGUUUCUGGCCGAGAAGGAGUUAGUGACCAUUAUCCCCAACUUCAGUCUGGACAAGAUCUACCUCAUCGGGGGGGACCUGGGGCCCUUUAAUCCUGGCUUACCAGUGGAAGUGCCUCUGUGGCUGGCCAUUAACCUGAAACAAAGACAGAAGUGUCGGUUGCUUCCUCCCGAGUGGAUGGAUGUGGAAAAAUUGGAGAAGAUUAGGGAUCAUGAGCGAAAGGAAGAAACGUUUACCCCUAUGCCUAGCCCUUACUACAUGGAACUGACCAAACUCCUGUUAAAUCAUGCUUCAGACAACAUCCCGAAAGCAGAUGAGAUCCGGACCUUGAUUAAGGAUGUGUGGGACACUCGCAUUGCCAAACUCCGGGUGUCUGCUGACAGCUUCGUGAGGCAGCAGGAGGCGCACGCCAAGCUGGAUAACUUGACCUUGAUGGAGAUCAAUACCAGCGGGGCUUUCCUCACGCAAGCACUCAAUCACAUGUACAAACUCCGCACAAACCUGCAACCUGCUGAAAGUGCCCAGUCUCAGGACUUCUAGGGAAAGACCUUUGAUCUGUCAAAGGAAGGCCUGGUGUCUGCUGGCAGGCGGCUUCCCAGGUGGUAUGUGAGCGCUCUGGACGUGACAGAGGUACUCACAUUUCUGGAGUUCUAGAACCAUGUUUAAAUGUAAGAAAAACGUGUAAUGAAUCAAGGAAGGAUUCAUAACAUUGUUGGAAAGCAACAGGGUUGCGCUGAGUCCUCAAGCUAUCCUUUAAUCCCACAUCUGUGUCAAGAAGCCAGCUGUUCUUUUAUAGGGAAAGGAAAAGCUUUGGCUUUUGGCAAACAAAUUCUCCCUAGCAGAGCCUCAGGUCUCCUGCACGGGGCUGUUAUGUGGGAGAGUGUUCAGUGACGUUACGUUUUGCUUUUAAGAAAGAUACAGUUGAGUAGUGCUGUGGCCUAGGGCUUAUUUUCCCCCUUGAUCCUGAUCUCUUGGGCUAAACUUAGAAUCUACACAGGUUGCUCACCGACGAUGGCAGGUGAGUGGCUAGUGACGUUGACUGGUGUUGAUCAUGUAAGCCCUGAUACGCAAUAAAGAUGGAACGAACCCAAUCUGUCUGCUGGGUUUUUCCUCUGCUACUAAGUAGAAGGAACAAGCUACGUGACUAAAAUGAUCAGACAGACAAAACUGAGGUGUGUUAUCAGGUGACUGUAAACUUCAGACAAACACUGCAUGUCUCGUUCUCUUGGCUAUUUCUGGUUCAGGUUAAAAGGGUUGCUUAUCAAGGGGAAAGUCAGUUUUUUCCCUAUUAAUAAUUCCGUGUUAUUGAGUGCAUGAGUAAAGCUGAAGAAUAGGAAGAAAAGUUGGACCUAUAAUGCUGCUCUUGAUGGAUUUUGGGGGAAGACUUAUAGGUAGCAAUAGUUCAAAUAAGGGUCAAUUCUUUAAGAGAAAAAAAUUUUAAUCGGAGCAUCUUGGAAUUGCUAAAUUCCUUGUAGAAAUUAUAUUACCUUGAGAGGGGAAAAGAUCGUCAGUCAUCCAAUGAGUGGAAGGUUCUGUAACCAUCUGGUUUUCGACUGUGGAAGCAGGAGCAUGCUCUCUCGAGGGCUUUUUGAAGAGUGUACAUACACGAUCCCCGAGCCUGGAGAAUAUGCUGACACUUGCCCUUCAGUGUUUCAAGUCCAAACGUACUUCUAGUUACCUGGGCACCGUUUCUCCAUUCCACGUUGCCACUGGUCUGGGUGUCCCUCCAAUGUUUAUUUGAACACUGAAGGGCCAGACCUGGAGGGAUUAGGACCCAGGGACAGAGACCUGGUCUUUGUCGUUUAAAGUGACUGUUUAGAGGGUUGCUUUCAGAUUACAGGAUGUGCCUUUUCAUCUCACUCUUGUAGAAGAAACCCGUAUGUUAGUACAGAGGGUCAGGCGUCUCGUGUAUCUCAGAUCUCGCCCCUUAUUACCGUUCUCUUAAAACCCGACUGAGGUACAGCUGACUGUCUUCCCAUUUUACCUGUAAAUCUAUAUAGUUGAACUUUUUAAAAAAGAAAAAUGGCCUUGUUUUAUUAUAUAACAUAAAGAAGAUUUUCCUCUUAACAUGAUUUAGGAAGAUUUUAUUUUUUUUGGAUGUUGUCAGAAAUUACAGCAAUAUAUUCAUAAAUACCUAAUUACUACAUUCAACAAAUAAUAUUACAAUACAAUUAAUUCAAACAAGUACACUUAGAACAGGUUUAAUUUCACAGCAUCUAAACUGCCCCCAGAGUGACCGAGGCACCGCUCCUCCUUCCUCCCAUGUACUGGUUUACUGUUCUAGCGAUUAAGCACAGGGAACAUACAAAGUAACACAACCAAUUAGCACGGUCUUCCUCAGGUCAAGGCCGAGUUAAGGAGUUGGUUAAGCGCUGGAUCAAUAGGGUGGGGACAGGCUACUGCAAGUAGUAAGAAAGUCAAUAGCUUGGUUACUUGAAAGAGCAUAGGGAUUGUUGCUAAGUGGCUAAUAUACACGUAUCUAAGAGUAACAGCAUCAGCCUGACCAUCUCCAUCUUGUGGUGAAUCCUUGGAAUUUUCUACACUUUAAAACACAUGGCUCAGAGCGAAAGGGAGUGUCUGAUUUAAUUUUGGAGAUUUGGCAGCAGUGUGAGCUACUUGAGGAAACGGCCAUCCCAUGAGCAAACUUCAGAUGUCCUGUGAUACAGAAUUCUGUGCUGCGGAAGUGUGGGCGCCUCUGAAUAGCUUUUGAAUUUCUUUACGGGUAUGAGCUACUAAGAGUGUUAAUGCCAAUUAAGUGUUUUAUUUCCUUUACAAUAUAAACUAAACUGUUGAAAAUCCUGCCUUGGUCACUUACGAGACAAUGGAUUAAGAAUCAUGAUGUUUUUUUCAUGUUAGUUUGGCUCUGAUUAUAUGAAAACAGAAAAAGAGCUCAUUUUCAAACGAUCAAGUUGUGUCAUGCCAAGUUUUGGGGAAAGCUCUGGUUUGUUUCUAAAGAUCUGAUUCAAUGUGGAGCCACGUUAUUCAGCUUUGGAAGGUGUCCCUCACCAGUUAGUGAAAUCCCCUUCAGAGGCCAGAUGGCAGCCGUCUCCUCCAGGUGCUGUAGGAAGCAUAUGAGGUCCUGAAGGGCUGUGAGGACCUCACGAAAAUACUGACACAAAGGUUGCACUCAGUUCUGGAGCACAUUUGGUAUACUUUUAAACUCAACGUGUAACAGCUGAAUAAAAAGCGUAAGAGUGCCUGUUUUGUUACGCCCAAACUGAAAAGAGACUUGGAUGCUACCGUGUUCUUUAAGAAUCAUCUGAAAAUAAGUGUUUUCAGAUGAUAAACUUAUUCGAUGGAAAAACCAUUACUGGGUACUAUGCCUGAGUGGUGCACUUUUAUUUUCAAAAGACACUUUACCUUUUUCUUAGUUUAUUCAAGCUGUCUUUCUGGUUUAUAUUUUCUGAUUGUCAUAUUACUUCUUGAGCCCAAGAAUAUUCAGAGAUCUCCAAAGAUGAGUAGGAGUGUGGUGCGACAGACUGACAGAGAAGCUCAAAGGCAAGGUGAAGGUGGUGUUUUCAAGUGGAAGGGGAAAAAACAGUUACUAGUUCAGUGACACAGCUUCCACCUCCUGGGCAGAGACCUCCCCUGGAAUGGCGCUUUCCCUUAUCCCACAGGCCACGACCUCCUCUCCUAACAACACAAGCCCAAGCAUGGAAGCUCCCUCCUCGGCUGGUAAAGGGACGGGCUGAGCUUUUCUUCCCCAUCAAGUCAGUAGAUCCACCUUUUACUUUAGCCAAGGCCAUUACCCAGGCUGAUCAGCCCAAGUGUCCAGACAUUUUCUGUGAUGGAGGAGGCGGGCUGGGAGUGAGGUGCUAAGAUGUAACGCUGAAGCUUUCAGACCGGAAACAGGGAGCAGACUUGAAAUAGAGAAAUGCAGUGAUAUUCUUUCUGCCCUGAUUGUUGGCAAGAGAGCUCUCUCUAAACAGCUGUCCCCACCUGUGGAACAUGUUGAUCUGUCAAUGUCUUUGCAGGGGAGGAGGCCCACAGAACAGCCCUCAGUUCUCGGCAAGUCGUUUCUGUGGAGAGGAAGGUGCUUGUUGACUGCUGAUAAUACUGGCGGCACUUUUUGUCUGAGUUUGCUAAUAACUGGAAGAUUCUUGGCAGACAUACAAAGCAAACUGUGUGGGAACAGAUAAAGCGACACAAUGCCAUCUGCCAGCAAGCUGUUCCGCACAGCUAAGGUCUGGGGCUAGGGGUGCGGCCACUGAUCGCACUGAGUGGCCGUUGUGAAGGUCAGCCAGCCCUUCCCCUGGGAGGGGGGAGGUGCGAUGCUCAGGCCUCCUCCCCCCUUUCCCCUCCCCACCGGCAGACCAACCACUGGCUGCUUUGGCCUCUGGUUCAAGCCCGUUCGGGCAAGAGAUACUUUCUUGAUCUAGAUUAAACCCUGCCUGAAUGAGCAGUAACUGGGACAAGAAGGAAACUCCCCCCAUUGCUUUGCACUGGUCUGAUCAUCCCAGUUUCUAGCUGCUCCUGUGCUUGUCACAGUUCAAAAGGAGGAGAAGUUCAGCUCAGACAUCCUACGUUUAGGCUUUUACAAAGCUCUGCAUCUAAAUAAAGCCUCUAAAGUUUCUACUUUGCACCUGUUCUCAGACUGCUGUAAGACACCUUAGAAUCUAUCACAGAAACCGCUCACUUCCUGAAAGGUUCUUUCACAAAAGCCCCACGUCCGCAUGUGCACACACAGGUGCCCACGCUGUCUGUCUCGUUCACCACAGACUAGCCCCAUCUCACUUAAUAGCAACCGGGUACAUCUGCUAUUUGCUGUCCAGAGCUGAGGGGACGGGGCAGAGGAGGAGGUAAGAAGUAACGCAUGGCUUUCUACAUCACUUUCUGGUGCAACUCAAAAAUGAAGUGAUCGCAUAGGCGCCAGUGGUAAGCUCUUUUACUUUUCUUCUUCUUUAAUUUUUAAAAACACUUCAGUAUUUUAAUGUCCUGACCAGCAGCAGUACAAACACUAAAAGCAA